AUGCCAAACAUGGUUUACUUCAUCCUGGAGACUGGAUUCAUUAACAUGAACCACCUCCUACUGUAUUUACGCGACCAAGUUGAUCUUCGAAUAUUGAAGGCUGUAGCCAGUCAGUAUUCCUCUGAUGUUGAUGCAGCUGUUGGAUUUGUUCUUUCCGAUGUCAUUCCAGCAGUAAGCGAACCUACUGAAACAGUUUUUACACUCCAAGAUGUUGAUUAUGCAGAACACGACCAUACUGAUUGUAAGAAAUCUAACUUGCACUCUGGAGGGAUAUCAUUGGUGGAUCUAGGAGCUCGAGAGGAUACCAGUGCCCUAUUUGGUACGUCAGCUGAGAGCAGUGGCACUGUUGGUGAAUGUGAUCCGUUUUCAGAUUAUGAUGGACCAUUCCAGAGUAAGAACAAAAUAGAAAAAUGUUCCCAGAUCGAGGAUAAAGUGGUGAUAAAUGAAACAAGAAUUCCUACAACAGUAAUGAACAGCCUUCUUCAGGAGCAUUAUGCUCUGCUUGGAUCGUCAUCGACAUCUGCAGCGGAGCCACAUAUGAUGGAGUAUGAGCAGUCUGAUUCAGGAGGAUGUAAUGAUCAUUGUGCAGCUGAAAAAGAUGAAGUGACUCCAGAGACUGAAAUAGGCAACCACAAACACUGUAAUGAUAAUUAUGAGCUAUCAGAUUUGCUUGCCUCUUCUGGGAAUAUGUUGCCAUUAUUUAAGGAGAGCCCUUCAGAUUGUGCAGUGAAACAUGGAGGGCAAGUGCCUCUGAAACUUUCUGAUGAGGUAAGUAAACAUGAUUUCGACAAGUCAGAAGAUAACUGUUACUUGGAAACCUUACUUGUGAAUUUUCACUCAAAGGAAGACAAACAGACAUCAAAGAAUUUGCCAAAUGCUCCAACUGUCCAUACGCUCUCCAACCCAAAGGAUAAUAAUGACUUACAAGUUCUGUUUGAAAACAAAGAUAAUGCUGGAGAAGAGUUGGGUGCACUCUGUACUGCAGAAAAUACCCCCGAGCUCCACAAGUCAGCAAAUGAUGGCAACUUCUACAAUUUAUUUGGCGAUCUAUGCACAGUUGACGAGACAACAAAAGUACCAUUGAAUUUUACUGAGGAGAAAAAUGAGCAGUCUUUUGUUAAGCUAGACAAUCAACACAAGCUAUUUGACUUAUUUGCCUCAUCCAAAAUCGUAGAUAAUUCAUUACAACCCUUUCAAGAAAAGGGUGGUUCCGAGACAGUUCAUAAUGAGGAGCUACCUUCAAUACAUCUCAAUUUCAAUAAUCGCCGAACUUUUACUAGUACGUGCAAUUUCGAUGGUGAUAAGUACUACUCCUUAUGCCCGAUGGUUGAGCUUGAUGCAGAUCAGCCUAAUGAAGAAUGGAUGAUGCCUGGUGCAGAUAAAAGUGAGGGAUUUCUUGAUAACUCCACUCAGUCAUUUCAUAUCACUGAAAUAAACAAGAAUAUUUCUGAUAUCACUAAAAGCAAGGAAUCAUUGAGCUGUUUGUAUGAAUCAACAAUCAUGAAAAUGAAAGAGGUUGAGCUUCAGGAGGAAAAGUCUCGACUAGCAAAACAAAAUGCUGACAAGGCACAUCAAAAUUUUCUUGCCAUGGCAGAGCACUUUAACCAGCUCAUUGAGAAUUCGAAAGAGUCAAAUGAUAAGCAAGCUCAAGUAUUGUGUGGAGAAAAUUGUUCGUUGGUGGCUCUAACUCAGGACCUUCAGUCUAAGCUUACCAAAUUGGCUGCUCAAAGAAAUGAAGCGCUUACAGCUGUUCAGGAGAUUAAAUUUCAACUAGAUGCACGUCUAGCAACUUCGAUGGAGGAAGAGGCUGCAGCAAUGGAGCAAAUUAUUCAAGAAGAUAAAUUAGCUCUAUUGUUACGUAAAGAGAAGGAAGCUACAAUGGGGAGCAUAAUGGAGGAGUCAAGAAAGCUCCAAAAGGAAGCCGAAGAGAACAUUUUGCUGAGAGAACAAUUGCUGGACCAGGGUCACAUCAUUGAUAUCAUGCAGGGAGAAAUAGCAAGCAUCCAGGCCCGUGUAAGCAAGCUUAAAUCAGCCUUGGUGACGACUAGCAGCUCAGCUAAUUCUUCCCACAAGAAUGACUGCAAGAGUGCGUCAGUUGACACAGACCGGCCCUUGGGGAGCAAUGAAAACAGAGAUGAUCUGCCUCAGAGGAACCAUGCUAAGGACCAUACGACGUCUUCGGAUGAUGACGAUGACGAAUGGGAGGUGCUGGAAGCAAAUUAA